AUGGCGAAGAACGUGUUUGCAGUCCAGAUUUUCUUCAUUGUGUUUCGAGAAUGUUUGGAAGCGGUCAUCAUCAUCUCCGUGCUGUUGUCCUUCCUCAAACAAUCUCUCGGAGGACCAGACCAGGAUCAAGCCAUCUAUAAACGCCUGGUCAGGCAAGUAUGGCUCGGCUCGUUCGCAGGUAUCAUCAUCUGUCUUAUCAUUGGCGGUGGCUUCAUCGGAGCGUUUUAUGGCCUCGGCAAGGAUAUCUGGUCAAAGUCUGAGGAUCUGUGGGAGGGCAUAUUUUACCUGAUUGCCACCAUCAUCAUCUCCUUCAUGGGACUUGCACUCUUGAGAAUCAACAAGAUGAAAGACAAGUGGCGUGUCAAGAUCGCACAGGCCCUGGCCGAGAAGUCAGCCGAGUCAACCAAGAAAACCACUUGGCUCGGUGACUGGUCAAGAAGACAUGUCAUGUUCAUCCUGCCUUUCAUCACGACCCUGAGAGAGGGUGUUGAAGCUGUUGUGUUUGUCGGUGGUGUCUCUCUUAGCUUGCCUGCCACCGCUUUCCCUCUACCUGUUGUUUGCGGGAUCAUUGCUGGUCUCGCUGUCGGCUUCUUUAUCUACCGUGGUGGUAACCUCAUGUCGAUUCAAAUCUUCCUCAUUGCUUCCACUAGCGUUUUGUAUCUGAUUGCCGCUGGCAUGUUCUCCAAAUCUGUUUGGAGUCUUCAAUACCACACGUUUGCCCAGCGUGUGGGCUCAGAUGUGGCAGAAGUUGGGUCGGGCCCAGGAAGUUACGACAUUACCGAAACGGUGUGGCACAUUAAUUGCUGCAACCCUGAAACCGAUAACGGCUGGGACAUUUUUAACUCUAUUCUCGGCUGGCAAAAUACUGCUACUUAUGGCUCUGUUAUUGCCUAUAACGUCUACUGGGUAUUCUUGGUCCUGACUGUUUCUUUUCUUAUAUAUGAGGAGAAGACAGGAUCAAUACCUUUAAAAAGCCAACUCUUAAGCGUUAUAUCUAAGGUUCCGGGGCUUAGAUGUAUUGCUAAGAAACGCGCAAAACAGAACGCUGUUAAUGAGCAGAAUGUUCUAGUGAAUAUAUCAAAUUACAUUAGCCCCCAAGGCCUUGAAGGAAGAGAAGGGAGUUGA